AUGUGUGCUAAUCUCUCUCUGAAUGAACCGAAAAAGGCUCCUUUAGCUGAAUCGGUCGGGAGAAAACUUGGAUCUGGCAAUUGUCUGGUGGGAAAGGUCAUUGCACCAAAGGGUCGUUUCUUGAGUCAUAAUGAAAUUGCCAACCAUUUUUGGAAGUAUUGGAAUGUGCAACAUAGUUUUCACCAUAUGGAUGCUGGUCGGAAUACUGUUUUCUUCAAGUUUAACUCCCCAGUAGAUCUACGAAGGGUUCAACAAGGUUCUCCAUGGACAAUUGAUACGGGGUUUGCCUUAUGGUUGAUGAACAAGGACGCUGCUGAGUCCAUCGGGAAUGUUAUUGGUCAAUUCGUAGAAUCUGAUUGUGAUCAGGAUGGCCUUGCAAUCGGUGUAUGUUUGCGUACUCGGGUCUCUAUUGACAUCACAAAGUCACUUUGUCAAUCAGUGGAGGUCAACUUCAAAGACAUGAUUUAUGCUUGUGAAAUUAGCUAUGAAAGGCUCCCUGAUUUUUGUUAUUUUUGCGAAAUAAUUGGCCACACUAAUCAGGAUUGUGAAGCAAAGAUCCUAAGUAAUACCACCCAUGAGACAAUCAUCAAUUUCAAGAAAACUCUUCGGGCAGCUUCAGUCACUGGUUGUUCUUCAUCAUCAUCAGGAUCUUCGAGUGGAAAUUGGAGGAGAUCAUGUUCUGAUAGCCAAGACAAUUCGGGUAAUAAAACCUUAUAUCGACCUCCCAAACAAAGAGACAAUUUCGAAAGCAGGAAAUCCACUCACCCGAAGCCUAUGAUUGUUUCUGAACCCUUUGAUUCUACCAAAAAUAUUGCUGUUUCUUCACUCCCUACCCCAUUGCCUUCAAAACCACCACCCUCACCCUCUGAUGAACUUGUUCAUGAAGUAGCAUCUCAAUCCCCACCCCAUUCCCCCACCGAAACCCAUCCCGUUCCCCUUAUUACCUACCCUAGUUCUCCACCACAACAACAAAGCUCCUCCUCUGAAGUUAACCUAAUCCCGGAUCAACCUUCUAGUCCUUUUUUACAUGCUGUUCCAGUGGCAUUUGAUUCUCCGUCCCGUCGAGUUGCUAAGACCUUAACAAAGUAUAAUACACGUAAAAGUCUUUCUGUGGUGUCCAACGGAAGGGGAAGAGGAAGAGGCAGGGGGACACGACGAAAGUUGCAAGUCACUGAGAAAGUCGAGUUAGUUGGCAUAGAGGUUGCUAGUAAAAGGAAGCUCGAUUCCGAUCUUACAUCUGAAGGAGGGAAGCGAAGAAGGGCUUCUGUUGAAACCUGGAUUAAGGAGGAGGGUAAUAAGUGGACACAAUACCCUGAUUGGAAGGAUAAGUGGCUUCCUGAGGCUCCCCUUUGGGUUCCUACCCCGCCGGUUGGGCUCCCGGAGGAUAGUGUCAUCAGUUUGCUGAUUGAUGAGGAGACUGGUUGGUGGAAUCAUACUCUGAUCAGACAGCUCUUUCCUCAGGAUGUUUGUAUCCAAGUUUUUUCUAUUCAGCUAGGCGAUUUGCAGGCAUCGGAUUCUUAUAUCUGGUCGCCAAAUCGAUCAGGGAGACACACAGUCAAGUCAGCCUACCAUCUUGCUCUCAAUCUACACAAUCCGACAGCUAAAAGUUCUGCUUCGCAAGCACAAAAUUAGAAAAAACUUUGGAGGCUCUCACUGCCACCAAGAAUUCAGCAUUUUCUAUGGAGAUGUCUUUGAAACUCGUUGCCAACAUUAGAGAAUCUAGCAAUCAGGCAUUUGACUUUUGAUCCACAGUGCUGCUUUUGUGGUACCACAGAUUACAGCUCAAUUCAUCUGUUCUUCCUCUGUCCAUUUGCGCAGCAAGUGUGGUCUUUUGCAGGCCUUCACCACAUGAUUAUGCUCUUCCAAGGUCAUAGUUUCCAGCAAUGGUUCUGUGAUCUGUUUGAUGCGUUGGACAGAGUAAAAGCUUAACACUUUGGCUUCAUCUGUAACGUCCUGUUGCAAUGUAGAAAUGGUAAGGUGUUCACGGAGAAAUCUUGCUCACCUUGGGGGGUAAUUCUGUCGGCUACAACCAUGUUGCAAGCAUGGAAGCAAUCGAAAUCAGAAAAUGCUGAAAUGUCCCAUUUUACCGUUGAUUCUGUUUUUCGUCCAGCAGCAGGGAAAGUGACCAUAUACUUUGAUGCUGGCAUCUCACAUUGGAACAGGGUUGCUGGUUUUGGAAUAUAUAUUGCAAACCCUGAUGGUGGUUUUCGCAAUGCUUUCGCUUCCUAUGCAUCCAACGUUUCCGAUUCAGACUUGCCGAACUAAUGGCACUAAGAGAAGCAUUGAGGACUACCCAACGUUUGUGCCUUACCGACUUUCAGAUUGUCGGGGACUCCCUCAACACGAUCCUGGUUGGCCGUGAAGAAGUUGAAGGUCCAUCCGCAGUAGCUCCGUUUAUCCAAGAUAUUAAACAUCUCUCACGAAGUCUCCCCAACUCUAAUUUGUUUUGGAUUAGCCGUUUAGAGAAUGGUUUAGCUCAUGAAAUUGCUUUUUAUGCAAAAUCUUGUAAAGCGAGGGACGUCCUUUGGUCGUCACCUCCGGAUUAGUUAUCAUUCAGUGCUAGCUGAUUCCAGCUUUGUUAUAAUAUUCCUUCUUUAAAAAAAAGCCUGAC